CAGAAAGUGGUGAACACAUCAUGAAGACAUUACUGGCCAGAGAGUGUGCCUUGUCUAUACAACAGGAAGAUAAUGCUAGUCUGGGACUGUCCAACUGCUUUAAAAAUAACUUCUUAGAGUCAGAGUUUUUGGAAGAAGAGGAUGAUAAGUUAGCUGGGGUGCUGGCUCUCAGACAGAAUGAAGAUGAAACAGUGGAAUUAGUGUGGGGUCACACUACAGAUAGCAUGUGUAUGGGGUAUAUGUCUUCUUCACUAAAGAAACCAAAGGUUGUCAUGUCUCGACUCCCAGAAGGUGGGAUACCUGGAAAAUCUUUCACUAUGUCUGGAGUGUCCAUAUGAAAGGAUACUAUGUCAAUGGAAUGUCCUCACAAACCAAGUAUUGUGAGUCUAUACGUAGAGACCAGGCAAAUCCUUCACCGCCUCUAUAGCAGCUGUCAGGAGAUAUACCAUAACUGGGAAAUCCUUCAUCAUAGCUGGUGUGUCGAUAUAAGAUGAUAUACUGGGACUGAAUGAGGAAAUCCUUAACAGUGUUUGGAGUGUCUUUAUGAAAAGUCAUGAUGGAAUACCAGGGAAGCAUUUUCCACCUCUAAUGUGUUCAUUUAAGGGAACAAACAAAAUCAUUCAAUCAUAUUUUGUUUG